AGAAGUGGAAACAAUGGCCUCGCCAGGCGGUUCUCCGGAUGGUAACAUCAGCCCGUCGAAUAAGACCACCUCGCCGAAGACCGCGCACUCGUCGCCCAAAAGUGGCGGCUCUACAAAGCCUAGCGGUCCCGCUAAGCCGUCCGGGGGAUCGCCGAUACGUGCAGUGGACCAAGGGGUUAAAGCCAAGCCAGCUGGAAGCACCUCGCCCCAGAAGGGAGAACCGCCAAAACGAGAGUCAGCGGGGCCGGCGAAAGGGGCGGCGGCCGACCACGCGUCGAAGCCCACAGAAGGGGGAUCCCCUAGGCACGCCGGCGGAGGAUCGCCCAAACACACCGACGCCGCCAAAAAACCAGCGGCGACAGCAUCAGCGAAGCAGGAAGGAUCGCCAGGGAAGGACGUCGCGUCCAAGCCCAAGGCAGCAAGGGAGUCCCCAGAGUUUGGUAGCCCUUUCAAGGCAGCUGGCGCGGCCAAGUCCCCAGAUCAUGGCAACCCUUCCAGGGCCGCUGGCGCGGCCAAGUCCCCAGAGCGUGGCAGCCCUUCCAGGGCAGCUGGCGUGACCAAGUCCCCAGAGCGUGGCAGCCCUUCCAGGGCAGCUGGCGCGGCCAAGUCCCCAGAGCGUGGCAGCCCUUCCAAGGCAGCUGGCGCGGCCAAGUCCCCAGAGCGUGGCAACCCUUCCAGGGCAGAUGGCGCAACCAAGUCCCCAGAGCGUGGCAACCCUUCCAGGGCAGCUGGCGCGGCCAAGUCCCCAGAGCUUGGCAACCCUUUCAGGGCAGCUGGCGCGGCCAAAUCCCCAGAGCUUGGCAGCCCUUCCAGGGCAGCUGGCGCGGCCAAGUCCCCAGAGCUUGGCAGCCCUUCCAGGGCAGCUGGCGCGGCCAAGUCCCCAGAGCUUGGUAACCCUUCCAGGGCAGCUGGCGCGGCCAAAUCCCCACAGCUUGGCAGCCCUUCCAGGGCAGCUGGCGCGGCCAAGUCCCCAGAGCUUGGCAGCCCUUCCAGGGCAGCUGGCACGGCCAAGUCCCCAGAGCUUGGCAACCCUUCCAGGGCAGCUGGCGCGGCCAAAUCCCCAGAGCUUGGCAGCCCUUCCAGGGCAGCUGGCGCGGCCAAGUCCCCAGAGCUUGGCAGCCCUUCCAGGGCAGCUGGCGCGGCCAAGUCCCCAGAGCUUGGCAGCCCUUCCAGGGCAGCUGGCGCGGCCAAGUCCACUGCGGGCGCCGUAGUGACGACUACACCCACGCACAUGCCGUUCUGGAUGCAGCCUGACGCCGCCGCCACCCUGUCGCCGAAGACAGCGGGCAGCGCUGAAGGGCCUCCGGGAUCGCCGUCCUCCGGCCGCAGGGCCACGUUAGCUCACGGAGUGAGGAAUAUCACCGGAAAGCUGCUGAGCAUGGUCGGCUCUCCCAGCCCUCCCAAUGCGAACGAGCAACAGGCUCUAUCGGCAACCAUGCUGUCCGGCCUCACUAGUCCCGGGGCGAGGCCCAGGCUAUCGCAGCUCUCCAAGCGAAAGCUGCUGUCGAGCACGACCGGAGGGGGCAAACCUAAAAAGGGCUUGCGGCGAUGGAUCAAGCAGCGCAUACGGGCUCGCAGCGUCGGGGGAGUGACACACGAGCAGGAGCCCAUGAGUGAAGUCAACUCGGUGGGUCGCACUGUGCUGAAGGUCGUGGUCAUAACGGCGGUCACCGUCCUGCUCUGCAUCGCCAUGCUGGCCAUCACCUGGCGCGUUGUCACCGGUUCCUGGAGCAUGCGAGGCCGAGAACACGGCCUCUCCGCCGGCCACGACAAGAACGACAGCAGCAAGGCGCGCCGUGGCAGCGGCAGAUCCUGUGUCGCGGACGCUUCCGGAAGCCCUUGCCUCGACCGUUACGAAGCGCUGUUGCGGAGCUCCGUCGACACGUCCGCCAGUCCGUGUGGCAACUUCUACCAGUACGCCUGCGGUACCUGGAAGCGGAACCACGCCUCGUCGGCGGCCAUGGUCGCGUGGAAGGCGUUCACAAGCAACGUCAUCCAGCGUGUCCGCAAAGAGAAGGUCUCCGCGCUCAGAAGGCACGACGAGCCGGUGGGACAGGCGGCGAGGUUCCUGGAAGCCUGCCUCGACGUUGGCCGUGGACGUGGGUUCUCGGAGGGUGUUGGCGCCGAAAACGACGUGAAGGCGGUCUUGGCUGAGGGUGGUAUGACGUGGCCGAACAGCAACGAACGCGCGGACUUCGUGUCUUCGCUCUUCUUCAUGGCGAGGCACGUCGCCCUGCCGGUGUUCUUCGGCAUCGAAGUCGGUUACACCGAAGACGGACUGCGCGCCCUUUUGUUCCCUUUGGACUCGCAAUUCCAGAAGACACUCCGCCGCUUCCGGCAGCACAUGAAGACGGACCGCGCUAGACAAGACGUCCACGCCGCUUACAAGAGCUUCACGGAGGGUGCCUUCGACGGAGCGCGGUACGCCGAAGUCGUCAGCGCCUUGUCCGCGAUGACCAAGGUCUUCGACAUCUACAUCGACGCAGCGGACAAGGAGGAGCAGGAAGACGUGACGUCCCUGAGCCAGUACGCACCGUCCGUGCCCGAGGAGAAGUGGAGGUCCCUGCUGCGACGCUACCUGAGGUAUUACUUCUCCGACCUCGAAGCCGUCGUCGUGUACAACACCCGUUCCUUCGCCGCCAUAUUCGAGGCUCUCCGCGACAGAGGGGAGGCCGUCAUGAGCGACGUGCUCGGCUUCCUGGGCAUCCAGGCGGCCAUCUACUACACCAGCACCACGCUCAGGGACGUGUUCUUCGAUUCCCCGGGCGAAGCGGCCAGCCAGCAGGAACAGUACUGCUUCACUCGAACCUACAGGUUCUACGAGCACGCGCUGAACCAUUUCCUCCUCGAGGGCAACGCUGGAGCCGCCGCGUCGCUGGAAGAGUUCCGCAACCUGGCCGAGAGGAUCCGCUCGCGGUUUCCUCGGCUCCUGGAACUCAACGACACGCUGCGGGGCGACAUUUCGUCCCGGCCCGCGGAGUACAACGUGCGCGGACUUUUCGACGUCGUGGAGAAGUCGCGACCCGAGUUCUUCGGGCCGCACUACGCGAGCUACCCGAACGUCACGAACAGCGCGCUGCGCAACUGGAUCGCGCUCUCGGCGCACAUCAGGAAAGCCGGCGCCUCCUCGGCCGAAUACGUCGAGAGCGGCGGCGCUGCCGGCGGCCAGCAGGUCGACUGCGCGGGCCAGUGCGGCACGCUUUUCUUCAGGUGGCGCCUCACGCCCUACCACCUGGGCUUCCCGUGGUACCUUCCCAACGUCCACCGCGGCGUCCUGCUCGCUGGACUCGGGGCGCGGGUGGCGGCCGCGCUCUUUCUCGACUACGUCGACAGAAACGCCACCUCCCGAGAGGAGGUGUACACGAGAAACCACGCCUGCCUCAGCGCCUGGACGCCCAACCUGGGCACUUCGCCGGACCUGGAACUACAGGCCGGAGUGUCGGCGGUUGGGACGGCGUUUAGAAUGUACGAGGACGAGGCGAACAGGUGCGCCAAUAACUCCUCUCUCUUCGCCGACGUGGGCACCGUGAAGGCGCCGCAGGUGUUCUUCGUCUUCGGCUGCCACCUGUUCUGCGGCGACGACGCAAGCGGCGAGCGCUUGUGCAACGUGCCGCUUCGGCAGAGCCCCGACUUUGCGCGCGUGUUCAACUGCGAUCGGAGUUCAGCGAUGAACCCCGAGAAGAAGUGCGUGAUGCACAUUUAGAAUCGGGGGUCACCCGUGCUUGUUGACAGAUUAAUGUCAAGUUUACUGUUUAAACGAGUCUCACAAAUGCAGUAAAAUGUUAGAACAGCGUG